AUGUUCACGUUUACCACUGCAUUCAGCGCACCUAGCCCAACAGCAGAAGCAGCUGCUGCUGCUGCCGUCUUACAUUGCACUGGAAAUCCUCUUGCCAACAGAGCUCUUAUCGAUCGCAUCUGCUAUGUCCUGGAGUCCCUCUAUUUUCCUGUCCAAGCUGCUGCCCUGGAAUUACUUCGAACGUUGAUGUCCUGCGACAUCGCCGAUGACAUUUUAAAGGCUCUUGUUGAACUCCUUCAUCCUCAGCGUGAAAUUGAAUUGAGUAAGCUUUUCAAGGAAUCAACGACGGUCUUGCCAAGAAGAAUCAGCAAUGCCACUAAUAGUGAUGAAGAGGAGGAAGAUCAACCAAUUUCAAGCUCAACUGAUCACCAUCGUCGUGAUGGUGAGUUUUCACUUUUCUCAAAAAAUAUAGCUGUUACUCUUUUCCUUUGCAUAAUGCUGGAAUCUUAA